GUGCCUGCGCCUUGGCUCUCUAGGGCGAUGACCAGGAAGCUGCAGACGCUGGCAGUCUCCUAGCAACCAGGUCGCCUGGGAAUGGAAUCAGCGCUCUGGCUGGCAGACACCAGGAGACUACAGGCACUGUAAAUCAAGUGAGGCCGCUGCAGCGGCGAUUUCUACAGAGCUUCGUUUUCAAAGCCCUUUGGCGGUUGUGGAAAGAUGGCUCAUGCCCGGAUCUCCAUGUAUAUGCCUCCCGACAUCGACCCCACAAAGGCUGCCAUUGCUUAUGGCUGUCGGGCCUUACCCAAGCUUAAUGAAGAGCUUCAAUCACCGAAUCUCCAGACAAGGCAGAAAGCCCUAGUGGCUCUGUGUGACCUCAUGCACGAUCCUGAGUAUGUCUAUGAGGCCAUCAACAUAGGCUGCCUGGAGAGCCUGAAGACCCUGCUGAAGGAUGAUGAUAACCUGGUCCGGAUAAAGACCACCGAGGUGCUGUACAUCAUGGCCACCCAUAACGUAGGCAGAACUGGCUUCUUAGAGCAUGACAUCAUCCUGGCCCUGUCACACCUGCUGGAUGAUCACCAGAUCGUCUGCCGGGAGAACCUGCACCAGGCAUACAAGCAUCUGGCACAGCUGCCUGCAGGUGCCCGGGGCAUCGUCAACAGUGGCCUGAUCCCCUCGCUGGUGUGGAACCUGCAUUCAGAGGAGGAAUACAUUCAGGAGAUCAUCUUGGACACUCUGGCACCAUGCCUGCAGGAGGAUGCCAGUGAGGCUCUAGAUAGCCACGCUGUGCCCUGUUUUAAGGAGAAGCUCCAAAGUGAGAACCGCCAACUCCGCAGCAAGGCUGCCCGGGCACUCAUUGCUAUCAGCAUCCCCUUGGAGGGCAAGCAACAGGUGUGGCAGCAUGAAGUCAUUCCUAUCCUGGUGGAUCUGUUGUUGGACCCUGAUGAGGAGGUACAAGGUAAUGUGGCUGGGGCCCUGAUGCACGCAGCCGUGACCACUGAAGGGAAAUACGCGGCCCUGGAUGUGGACGCCAUCGCCCCGCUCCUGGAGCUGCUCUGCGCUACAACACACAGCAAGGUGUGCCUGAACACCAUCAAAGCCCUCACCAUGCUGGCUGAGGCCCCCGAGGGCCGCAGGUUACUGCAGCCCCACCUGCCUACCCUCCGGGUCUUCCUGCAGCACAAAAACGAGGCCAUACAGCGGGCAGCCCAAAUAGCCAUCAAAGUGAUUGAGUGGAAGCCAUGACUUCCUUUCAGGCCAGACCCGAGAGGCUGUCUGUAGGCCUGAAUAAACGGAUUGAAUCU